CUCUCUCUCUCUCUCUCCAUUUUCCCUCCCUUUUCAAAACAGAGUCUGAAAGCGAGUCGAACCAUUUCGAAGUGAAAAUUUUCUGUUUCCCUCUUCUUUCAUCUUCUUCUUCAUCCCUCAAAAAUCAAAACACAAAGCUUUAAUUUUCAAAUUUCUUCUCUUUUCCCUCCGCCCACAUUCCCAAACCCAAAAAACUUCCCAAAAUCGAACCUUCAAAACCCUAAUUUCGUUUUCUUCUCCCUAACUCCACAUUCCCAAACUUUCCCCUCUUUCUCUGCAUUUCAAUGGAUACCCAUCUCACAGAAACACUCCAAUUUGAAUACCCACCUCCCGAUUCAGUUGAUUCGAAGCAAACCUUAGAUGGGUCUUCACACAAUUCACCUCCGCCGCAAACCCUAGAUUGUCUGCUCAACUCGUCAGCAGCUCCGCCCGACUCGAAUCCCGAUAAUCACUCUGAUUCGGCUUUGUUUGGUGGUGUUGAUUCUCAAAAGAACGAAGAAAACGAUGCAUUCAAUUCUUCGCACUGGUCGUCCAUGGGGUGGGACUCCCGGGGAGGCACCAAGACCUCGGCCUCGGCCUCGGCCUCGGGUUGGUCCGAUUGGCCUUCAGUAGAAGACACCAAGCCCUCUAGCUUGGAUUGGUCUGAUUCAAUGCCUUUGCAGGAAGAAACUGUAGCCAAGGUUUCUGAUUCGGUCUCUCCGGACUGGUCAAGUGAAGCUAAGCCGGCUAUGGUGGGUGCAGGGCUUGCAAAUCUAGGCAACACUUGUUUUCUUAAUGCAAUCUUACAAUGUUUUACGCACAUAGUGCCACUCGUUCAGGGUCUUAGGUCAUACAAUCACCCAAGGCCUUGUGACCGUGAUAAUGAAGGGUUCUGUGUAAUUUGCACUCUUCGUGACCACAUUGAAUACUCCAUAGCUUCGAUGGACAGGGUUGUCUCCCCUUGGAAGCUUGUUGACAAUUUGAACUAUAUUUCAUCCAACUUUCGGAGAUUCCAGCAGGAAGAUGCACAUGAGUUCCUGCAAUGCUUGUUGGAUAGACUUGACAGCUGUUGUAUUUAUUCACAGACAAAGGAUACUUCUUUGCCUUCAGCUGAUGAGAGCUUGGUCAAGCAAGUUUUUGGUGGCCGUCUGAUUAGCAAACUUCAAUGCUACAAUUGUGGUCACUCUUCUGACACCUAUGAGCCAUUGAUUGACCUGAGUUUGGAGAUUGAGAAUGUGGGUGCUCUUCCUAGUGCAUUGGAAUCUUUCACCAAGGUGGAAAAGAUUGAAGAUCCAGAGACAAAGUUCACUUGUGAACAAUGUAAAGAAAAAGUGUCAGUAGAAAAGCAGCUUAUAUUGAACCAGGCUCCUUCUGUUGCUGCGUUCCACUUGAAAAGAUUCAAGAAUGAUGGCUCCUAUGUUGAGAAGAUUGACAAGCACGUGGAGUUCCCACUAGAGCUAGACUUGCUGCCAUACACUGGUGGCGAUCAGAAUAAUGAUGUGGAAUUGAAGUACAAUCUGUAUGCAGUUGUUGUGCAUAUCGGAUUCUCAUCCACUUCGGGUCAUUACUAUUGCUUCAUUCGUUCUGCCCCAGAUGCAUGGUACAGGUUGGAUGACUCAAAGGUUACUAGGGUUCGAGAAGAUUUUGUGCUUUCUCAAGAAGCCUACAUUCUAUUCUAUGCAAAGGAGGGCACUCCAUGGUUUUCAAGUUUCAUGGAAACAGAAAAGUCAUCCAUCGAUCCAAAUCUAUUCAGCAAUUCACCCCAGUCUGUUUUAGAUAACGUUGAUCGCAUUGGUACUUCUUCCCCUAAUGUGGCAGAUAAUUGUAGUGGUGAAGUCAAUGAAGCUGGAGAAGUUGCUGUUGGAAUUUCUGUAGAUUCUUUUAAUAAACGUACACACAAUAGUGUUGAAGUUGAUGAGGCUAAAGAUGAUUCUCACAGGUUAUUUACUCCAGUGCCACUGGUGAUGAGUAAUUCUUCAAGUGAAACGGCAUAUAAAGUAGAGAGAAAAUUCUCUCCAUCUGCUCUUAGAGAUAAUAAUUCCAAUCGGGAGUUCAAUAAAGUUGCAAAGAAUGUCAAUAUCAUUCCUUCAACUCCCCUGAGUUCUCCUAGCCCAGAUAUAUAUGCAGAAGAGCCUCCAAUGACUUAUUCCAUCCCAAGGAAUCAUCUGAUAUCAGAGAAACAAGUGCCUUGCAAAAGACAAUUGGACAAGGAUUUGGAGGAUUCAGAGAGAAACCAGGCUCAUAAACUAUUGAAAAUCAUGCCCAAUGACAGGAGUGCGAAACUAUUGGACAACGGUUUGGAGGAUUCAGAGAGAAAGCAGGCUCGUAAACUAUUGAAAGGCAUGCCCAAUGACAGGAGUGCGAAACUUUUGGCUGCCAUGAAUGGGUCCCACAAUGAAGGUCGGAGGAGCAGGAGAAUUGAAUCAUCUUCAAAUAGAAAUGAAAGACCUUCAAGUGCUCGCCAUAAUCCCAACCUCAGCUCUUUUACACGUCCUGUGUCUGCUGGAAGUUUACGGUAAUCAGUUGUGAAAAUUUGAUGAGAAUCUACUUGGUCUGCUUAAUUUUGCCAAACAUAGAUGUUCUUCUGAGGUUAACAUGAAAAAUCUGGGGAAUAUUUGAUCUUUCAAACAUGAGUUAUCUAGCGUUUUGUAUUAUCCCAUGGGCGGAAAUUAAAGUAGAUUGAUUUUGUUUCCUAGGUUUGUUUAUAUUGUCUGAUGUAAAGUUCAAUUGAAGUUUCUUCUGGGCUCCAUUCUAGUUUAAAUGUUUUAGUGAACAGAGAUGUGUUUGGAUUAUGAAGCAAAUUGGAAUCCCCUCUAUUUGCGUUGACUUGUGGCUCUAUGAGGAAACUGGGUUUAGACAAAGAUCAAUGGGUGUGGCAAAUUCUCUUUGUUUCUAUUGUUGGUUGGUGUUGUAGUAAAAUUUUUAUAUAACGGUGAUUUUCCGUUAUUAUUGACACGUGAUAUUAUUAAUUAAUAAUACAACUAUAUGGUGGUUUACAUAGUA